AUGAAUAAUAUAGCAGAUCUUUUUGGAUCGUCUGUAAAUCAAGCGGUUCAAAUAUCGUUGGCGGAAGGGAAGCCUCUCUUAGCAUUUUUGACCAAUGACCAAGAAAUCUCUAGUGAAUUUAUCAAGAAAUUCUUAUAUUCGGAUAGUUCGGUCAAUGAAGAGAUUAUUCAUAAACUCAAAACGAACUUUGUUUGUAUCAAAUUACUUGAAGGUACUACUGAUUUUGAAUUUUUCAAGCAAAUAUUCCCCAAUUUAGAAGUUCCAAGUUUUUAUGUAGUGGAGAAGGGUAAAUUGUUGGAUGUAUUAACAUAUGAAUGUAACCCAGCCGAAUUUGAAACUAGAAUUGAUGCAUUUAUAAGGUCAGAAUCGUCUCUGCCCAUACCACCAUUGGUUGAGGAUGACGUGGCCACUAGCCCAAGUCCCUCUACUACACAACCAAUUGGUUCAUUCGGAAUUAAUAAUUCCACUUCAACACAUUCUAUAGACAACAAUUCACCUUCAUUACUUCAACAUCAAAAAAAAUAUAGGAAUAUGAGAAAUGAACAACAACUCGAAUCACAAAGAAUACGUAAUUUAUUGAAUUCUGAUGUGAAGGAAAGAGAAGCAAAGAAAAGAGAAGAAGAAAUUGCAAAGGAAUAUAGGGAGAAAUUAAAAAAUCAAGGAAAAGAUUUGAAAAAGCCAACCACUAAUAAUAAAAAAGAUAUUUGCGUCCUUUCAAUAAAGCUUUUGGACGGGAAAUCACUUGUACAUGAAUUUACUCCUUUACAAACCUUGAAUCAUGUUCGGGAAUGGCUUGAUAUGGAAACCAAUAAUAGUAUUAUUCCAGAUGAUUCAGCUUCAAUGCCAUCAUUUGCCACUUCGUCCUCUCCAAUGCCAACUCAUUAUGUAUUCUAUCGACCAGUUUUGCCUCGUAUUACCUACACCGAUGAACAAGAAUUCCUUUCUUUGAAAGAAUUGGAAUUAUGUCCACGGUCUGCAUUGAUAUUAAAGCCUAUAUAUGAAGAUAUUAGUGCUACUAAAGCGUAUCCUAAUGGGAGAACCCCUGGAGGAAUCUACCGAUGGAUUUAUGAAAAUUUAAUAAGAGUGGGGAAUGCAUUAUAUUCCUUCUUUGAUUAUGGCGUAGAACAUUUCCCUGAACAAGAUGAUGAUACCAACGUGAGAAGUUCUAGUCCUGGAUUGGAAGAUGAUAAUACAAGGUCUACAAGAAAUCAAAUUAAUUCAAAUGAUCGUAGAACGGUUGAAGAUUAUUUCUCAACAAUAAAUGUCGGUGGAACUGUGGGGACUCCAAAUUUAAUUUCAGUUGAUCAUGGUCCACAUUCAGACUCUACAUUGGUCCUGAGAUCUGCAUCCUUGAUUGAUAUACACAAUCCAACAAUUCCAUCUAUACCUACUCAAAGCUCACCCUUAGCACAGACCGAUAACAAUCCUGGUAGUGUGCAUGGCUCAACACAUCCAAGUAGAAGCUCAACCCCAAAGCCAAUUAAUGGUAGUUCUCAGACAAGAUUCAGAUCUAUUCCAAAUGCUGAUGGCCCUCCAGAUGAGGAAAUCAGAACCUACAAUGGUAAUAGUGUCAAUUUAAAAGAAAAGAAAGAUGAGUAG